AUGCUGUGCAACAAUGUCGUACGACCUGGCUCAGAAGGUUCUGGAAAACAACUCUACACACUGAAGUUUCCUUUGCUCUUGCGGUUAAUUUCAAACUUGACACUGGGUCCGUGUCAUCAAAGCAUCCUUGUUCCGGGCGUCUUUGGAUCACGGAACAAACGUCUGACAAAGGCGAAGCAAACACCAAGAAUCGAGGCUAUCCUGGAACAUUUUCGGCGUGGCUAA